AUGUCUUCCAAGCAAGCCACCUCUCCAUUUGCCUGUACAGCUGAUGGAGAGGAAACAAUGACCCAGGAUUUGACCUCAAGGGAAAAGGAAGAGAGCAGUGAUCAACAUGUGGCCUCUCAUCUGCCUCUGCACCCCAUAAUGCACAACAAACCUCACUCUGAGGAGCUACCGACGCUUGUCAGUACCAUUCAACAAGAUGCUGACUGGGACAGCGUCCUGUCAUCUCAGCAAAGAAUGGAGUCAGAGAAUAAUAAGUUAUGUUCCCUAUAUUCCUUCCGAAAUACGUCUACCUCACCACAUAAGCCUGACGAAGGGAGUCGGGAGCGCGAGAUAAUGAACAGUGUUACUUUUGGAACCCCGGAACGCCGCAAAGGGAGCCUUGCCGAUGUGGUGGACACACUGAAGCAGAAGAAGCUGGAGGAGAUGACUCGGUCAGAACAAGAGGAUUCCUCCUGCAUGGAAAAACUACUUUCAAAAGACUGGAAGGAAAAAAUGGAAAGACUAAAUACGAGUGAACUUCUUGGAGAAAUCAAAGGUACACCUGAGAGCCUAGCAGAGAAGGAACGACAACUCUCCACCAUGAUUACCCAGCUGAUCAGCUUGCGGGAGCAGCUCCUGGCAGCGCACGAUGAACAGAAAAAGCUGGCAGCCUCCCAGAUCGAGAAACAGCGGCAGCAAAUGGACCUUGCUCGCCAACAACAAGAACAGAUCGCAAGACAACAGCAACAACUUCUCCAGCAGCAGCACAAGAUUAAUCUCCUGCAGCAACAGAUCCAGGUUCAGGGGCACAUGCCUCCGCUCAUGAUCCCAAUUUUUCCACAUGACCAGCGGACCCUGGCAGCAGCUGCUGCCGCCCAACAGGGAUUCCUCUUCCCCCCUGGAAUAACAUACAAACCAGGUGAUAACUACCCUGUACAGUUCAUUCCGUCAACAAUGGCAGCUGCUGCUGCUUCUGGGCUCAGCCCUUUACAGCUCCAGAAGGGUCAUGUCUCCCACCCACAAAUUAACCCAAGGCUAAAGGGCAUAAGUGACCGUUUUGGCAGGAAUUUGGACACCUUUGAACAUGGUGGUGGCCACUCUUACAACCACAAACAGAUUGAGCAGCUCUAUGCCGCUCAGCUGGCCAGCAUGCAGGUGUCACCUGGAGCAAAGAUGCCAUCAACUCCACAGCCACCAAACACAGCAGGGGCGGUCUCACCUACUGGGAUAAAAAAUGAAAAGAGAGGGACCAGCCCUGUAACUCAAGUUAAGGAUGAAACAACAGCCCAGCCGCUGAAUCUCUCAUCGAGGCCUAAGACAGCAGAGCCUGUGAAGUCCCCAACAUCUCCUACCCAGAGCCUCUUCCCAGCCAGCAAAACCAGCCCCAUCAACUUGCCAAACAAGAGCAGCAUCCCCAGCCCCAUUGGAGGGAGUCUGGGGAGAGGAUCCUCUUUAGAUAUCCUGUCCAGUCUCAACUCUCCGGCCCUGUUUGGAGACCAGGACACAGUGAUGAAAGCCAUUCAGGAGGCUCGGAAGAUGCGAGAACAGAUCCAGCGGGAGCAGCAACAGCAGCCACAUGGGGUUGAUGGGAAACUGUCCUCCAUGAACAACAUGGGUCUGAGCAACUGCAGGAAUGAGAAGGAAAGAACACGCUUUGAAAACUUGGGGCCCCAGUUAACAGGGAAGUCAGGUGAAGAUGGGAAGCUGGGCCCAGGUGUCAUCGAUCUCACUCGGCCAGAAGACGCAGAAGGAAGCAAAGCAAUGAAUGGCUCUGCAGCUAAACUACAGCAGUAUUAUUGUUGGCCAACAGGAGGCGCCACUGUGGCUGAAGCACGCGUCUACAGGGAUGCCCGCGGCCGGGCCAGCAGCGAGCCUCACAUCAAGCGACCAAUGAAUGCGUUCAUGGUUUGGGCGAAGGACGAAAGGAGGAAAAUUCUUCAGGCUUUCCCUGACAUGCAUAACUCCAACAUUAGCAAAAUCUUAGGAUCUCGCUGGAAAUCCAUGUCCAAUCAGGAGAAGCAACCUUACUAUGAAGAACAGGCCCGGCUAAGCAAGAUCCACCUAGAGAAGUACCCAAAUUACAAGUACAAACCCCGGCCGAAGCGCACGUGUAUCGUGGAUGGCAAGAAGCUGCGGAUUGGGGAAUACAAGCAACUGAUGCGCUCCCGGAGGCAGGAGAUGCGACAGUUCUUCACUGUGGGGCAACAGCCUCAGAUUCCCAUCACCACAGGAACAGGUGUUGUGUAUCCUGGUGCUAUUACUAUGGCAACGACCACACCAUCACCUCAGAUGACAUCUGACUGCUCUAGCACCUCUGCCAGCCCAGAGCCCAGCCUCCCUGUCAUCCAGAGCACGUAUGGUAUGAAGAUGGAUGGCGCAAGCCUGGCUGGGAACGACAUGAUUAAUGGAGAGGAUGAAAUGGAAGCCUAUGACGACUACGAAGAUGAUCCCAAAUCAGACUAUAGCAGCGAAAAUGAGGCCCCAGAGCCUGUCAGUGCCAACUGAGGAGCUUUUGUUUGCUGAAUUAAAACACUCUGACAUUUCACCCCCUUUCCCCAACAACAACAACAAAGUUCUUAAAGAGCCCGCAUGCAUUUGUGGCUCCACCAUACAUCAGCAGAGUGGUCUUAAUCGCUUCGUAACGUGUGAGACAGAUUAAGUUUUCCUGAUUUCUCAUAAACUUGAGUUUUUGUCGUUACCGUUACUGUUGUUGUUUAUUUAGGUGAAGACAUAUUAAAUAUGAGACACCGGGACUUGGAAACUUAUCUCCGCCCAUCGCCGUCUUUCAAGUCUUACAUUUCUGUCUUACUAUUUUUUUUUGGGAUGUUGACAAAGGGUUUAAGUUACUGUUUUAGAUGGGGUUAAACAUUCUCACUCAGGUAUGCUGUGCCGGCUACAGGUUGUGAAUGUGUUUUUAUUCUGAAUUACUUUAGAAAACAACUGAGGAUUUCAUAUUGUGAAACCGGACAAGUCCACGGUGUGUGCGGCUGCAUAUAGAACAUGUUCAAAAGGCCUCGGAAUUCCAUUUUUUUUCCAUGUGUAGAAUUCAACUUUGAAUGUGCCAAACUUUUUUCAUAACUUUUGAAUCUUAACUAUUUUGAAAGUCUUACAGGAGACACUGCAAAGUCUUAGACAAUCUUUGGCAUCUUAAAAUAAAAUAGCAAACCACACCUUUUUUUUCCCAGAAAAUGGUGAAGUACUCAGGAAUCUGGAGACAAGAUAUUGUAAGGAAUGAGCAAGGCUGCCACAGUUCGUGAACCCAAUUGUGUUUGCCUCUUGAUGUGCCAUCAGUGUGUGGCGUGGGAUGACAGACGCAUCAGAGUGAUCACCACACCAGACACCGACAUGGUGGUCUCCCCUGCCUGAGGCCACCUCUCACUACAUCCAUUCUCCCCUUGCCUUUCACCCUGACAUUCAAUCUUAACACAUUGUUCUCUUAAAUAAUUUAUUCAUUCCAGAAUGUCAAGGGUCCACUUACUAUUUAUUUUAAAAAUUAUUGGUGGCAUUAAUUUAAUAAUUUUUCUUUUUUGCCCUCCUUGCCCUUUCACCUCUUUUUCCUGCUGGAUACAAAAGAUGUACAUAGCAAUCUCAUGUCCCCAGAGCCCUGGAAACAUUUCUGAAGUGAUGUUAGUAAAUGCAUAUAUUGUUGUUUUUAAAGAUGAGUGUCUAUCUGGCUGCAGGCUUGUGAAUCUGGGUCAAGGUGUCUUACAUGUAAACAAACAUGUAUGCCCCUAUGAGUCACUGUGACCCCAGGUCUUUGCCUAGAGUUUCUCCCUCCUUCAGUUUUCAGUAAACAGUAAAACCUGAGUUCCAUUUAUCAGUGAAGGUCAGCAAUGGUCACUGCGGGUCAAGGAGCCUCUGGCAGCCACUCUGAAGCCUAAGGGCCAUAGGCCACACAGGGGUCUACAGUGAAGCUAGCAUGCUGUCACCUUUACUGAGCAACCUGGUCCCAACUGGCACAUCCAUGGAGACCUUUGCAAAAUUUCCAGGGUGUUAGAAGCCUCAACACAAAGACAAGGGCAAAAGGUAGCCACAGGGAAGGGGAAACAUGAGAGUGCUGCCAGCCUGUAGGACAGAUGACUCCUGGGGCAGCCCACCAGCUCCUUGGCAGACCUCAUUUUUCAGUGGCUGCUUGUAAACGAGGUGAUCUGCUCUUGUCACUCAAGGUGAGCUCUGGAGACAUGCUGCUGGGCUGGGAGGCAUGAGGCUCCCUCUCCCAUCUUCUAACUACAGGCAGUUCUACUGUGUUGUGACUUUGAUCUUCCUGAACCCUGGCCUGGUUACUACAGGGAGCCUUACCCAGAACCCUUCCAUGGGAGCAAGUCAGUGAACAGGACAGUCCAGAAUCUGAGCGUUAGGACAAAGAACAGCUCCAUCACAUUUUUUGAGCCAUUUUGUCACUUGGGAGAAAGUAGUAAAACUUCACAUGUAUUUGAAGAGUGCUCCAGGCCAUACCUAAUAGCAAUAAAUAGGUCUAGCCAAGAGAUGACCAGCUGUGUCAUUAGCUGUGAGUGCUCCCCAUAAGCUGUUUAAGGUACUGAUAGGAAUGUUUUGUUCUUAAUAUUGAUUGGGGAUUGGAACUUUGUUUUUGUACAUUGGUUUCAUAUGAGGAGGAGGUCACUUUUCAAAAGCAAAAUGAGUAUUUAUUAUGUCUUACUGAUUUCUUGGACUCUCUGUCUCUCCUCAAUUCCUUCUCAUGUUUCUCCUUUUCUCUUUGGCUUCUGCUCUCACUGGUAUGUUUGUUUUUGGUUUUGUUUUGUUUUGUUUUUUAAAAUUGUGCUGCAUAGGUAGAAUGUUAUAUGGCUAGCAUUGUAUUGUAUGUAAUUAAUUUUGCACAAAGGCAAACAUUUAGCAUAGUAGUUAAUUUUGUUUGUUUUUAUGACCAUGCCAAAAUAAUAUUCUGGGCUGGUGGAGAACAAAGGACUGUUCUGUAGGAUUGAAACUUGAUUUGCUUGUAGUAAAAAAAAAAGAAAAGAAAAAAAGAAAAAAACAAAUAAACAAACAAAAAACACACACACUCACAGAUGCUGUUUCGUAAGUGUUACAAGCACUGGAUAUAAAUGGUAUUUUUUAUCACUGACUAAUGUGAAACUGGUAUGGAAACUACAUGAACAAAAGUCAUCUGUUUCGACUCGUGUGGGCUUGCCUCACAGUUGCCGGAUCUGAGUCAUUUUUUUAUGUCUUGUUAUUUCAUUUAUUUAUGCAAAAUACAUGUGUGUAGGGAACUUCGUGUCAGCUCCAGCUCUGCCUCGGCACUGGGUCCAGUAACUUCUAGCCAUGUUUUCAGAUACAAAGGCUGUCUGGGAAUGAUGGGGUGUGAAUGCCUCUCAUUGGCUCAGACAGUAAUGCUGUAUUCUAAUCUAAAUUUUGUGCAUACACAGUUUAUUCUAUUUAUUAGCCACAUUUGGCUCUAAAUAUCCAUGGGAAUGGAGAAUGACAAUCACAGAGAUCACUUACAUCAGUGGGGCUUAAACAAAGUUUUUAUGACUUCACCAUCUCAUUUUUAGAGUUUUCUAAUUGUGUAAAUAUAACAUAGAAAUAGAAUUUAUUUUUGGUUCAUGAAUUCCUAGUGACAUAUAAGUUAUGUAUCUUCUUUCUGUUCUCUAUCCAUAUGUGUUGCUCCACAUUGAAAGCUGAGCAGUCACAUUUAGUGUGGACAGAGUUAUCAGCUCCAGUGAGGCAGUGUCCAUCCUUAGCCUAGACACCAGGACUCCAACCUGUUCUCAUGCGGUCCGGAACCCACUGGUCCUCCAACUCAGACUCCCCCCCUCUUCCCUUAUAGAAAGCUGAGGAGUUGCACACACUCAGUUUCCAGCAGAGCUAGGAGUAAGUCAGUUUGCUUGUGAGUCCAGAUCCAUCUCCCCAGAUAGUUCUGAGGCCCUGUAAGGCAAGAAGCAGGGGUUGCAUUUUAGAGGUAAAGAUCUGCCUGCAAGGUUAGUAUAAUCCUCAUGGUACCAGUCUAGGGGCUUCUGAAGUCACCUCCCUGCAGCGUUCCUUCUUUUACUCUAGCUUUAAAUCAAAACUCAAGUUUGUCUCCAUGAAAGAACUCACUGGAUCAGGCUUUUCUUUGUCAAUAAUAAUAAAGCAAUCCCCUUAUUAAUGAAUGGGCUCUAUGGAAUAGUAAGGAAGGGCUAAUGGGUCAGAGUAAGAGAAGGUCCAUCCAUGAGAAGCCAGGUUGGCAAUUUCUCUUCCUCACUGGCAAAUUCCAGGCCAUGUUGUUUUCACAAACACUCUCUCAGCCUUUCAGGUUUGCCUCAUUUGGUAUUUGAUACCUUCUAGCCUGCCUUGGGCCCGAAUCCCUUCACCAAGGCCUGACACCUCCCAGGCCAGGUUCUAAAUUCAGGUGUGGCCUCACAGAGCUAUUCCACUUGUCAAAUGCUGGCCUCCUCUGGACACCAGCCCUAUGGGAGCCAGGAGUGCUAAAGAAGGGUAUGAUCCCUCUAGAGCCGAAACCAGGCUUCAGUAAAGCCAGGCUACAUCUCUAGUGUACAACCUUCUGAGCCUGGAGCUCAGCAAUUGGAGAUGAGUACCUCCCUUUAGAAACAUGGCCUGGUUGGUCACGAUGAUGCCAUCCAGGAGGCUGUUGCUCUGUAGUCACUCAGUUUCAAUCAGUUGACUUUACCAAUUCCUUAGUGAUAGGAAAUAAGAAUUCCUUCAUGAUUUUGAGCCAUAGAAGUUCUGUACCAAGUGCCAACAACUCCAGAGAGAUGUGUCUAGAGGAACAGACUGAUAUGAUGGCAGGAUCUUCCUCUUUACUAAGAAAGUGGCAACAACACCAGCUGUAGCCUUGCCUCAUGUCUACAUUUCCUUCAAGGAUUGGGCUGGCACUUGAGCUCAUUCUGAAAGUCUAAUGACAGUGGUGACCUCACUCCUCUCACUUGCACUGCAAUUUUUAGGUCCUCUACCCCUGACAUGGUUUCUUCUUAAGCAGCUAUUUCUCCCGCCAAUCACAUUGUUUCCGAUACCACAUACGCUUGAUCAUGGUUCUGCACAUCAAAAAUAGAUUGAAAAUCAUGAUAUGCAAGCAAAGCUCUUCUUUGUCCCCAUCCCAUCAUCUCCACUUGUAAACUGGCACUGGGGAUGCUUGAGGGCAGAGAUGCAGUGAGUGGGGGAGGGAUGGAAAAGGAAGGCUUCCUGCAGAUUCCCUUCUAUUGACAAAGGAGUUGGAGGAAGACAGUGGGUGAUGUUUCUUGCUGGUGUCUUAUUUCCACAGAAGUGCAGGCAUAGAGCAGGGCUUCAGUGUGAGCACUCUUGGAGUCUGGGGAAUGUUCGAAGGUUUAAUUGCCAUUGCUACACAUUGCAGGUCUGCUGGUGUGCAUCCUCCACCGUCUUCCUCCAUCCCAUGUGCAUUUGCUCUCUUUUAAAAAUGCAGUCUUCAUUGUGUUCUCCUCCAGCCUGUAGCACGUUAGGAUGUUUAGCACUUGUUUUGGCUCAUUCUUGUAUUCGCCAUGUACAAUUCUGAAUUACCCUAUACAAGCCUCUAAGCUGUUACUACAUAACUUAUCUUACUGUAACUCUUUUCUUUUCCUACAUUGUAAUUUGUUUGUGAUGUAUAUUGUGAGAUUGUAUUCUAUGUUAAUUUAAUCAGCACAACUCACUGACAUGCUGGACUGACAUGCUGGCUGCUGUUUGGAAGUGUAAAGCUUGUGUAGGGCUGUCCAGACAACUACAACUCUGUUGUCAAGGUACUGUGCAUUGGUUCCCAUAGCAACACUGUGGGUGUGACCCUUUAGACUCUAGGGACGUUCAGCACACCCUCCAGCAAAUUUUAAGUGCAGAUUCUCUUUGUUGAAAUUCUAUGAAUACCACAGGUACCUACUUGGCCCAUGGCUGGUAACUAUUUUGGGCAAUUAGAAAAACAAACAAGCAUUUAAAAAAAACUAGUGUCUAUUGCUGCUUUGAAUAUGUUUGAAAGUCUGAAAAUGUAAAUAGUUUAUCAAAAAAAAUCUUGUACAGUCCAGUGUAAAGUUUUUAAAUGACCUGAAGGGUUACCAUCACAGCUUUCGCACACUCUCCUCUGGAUAGUGAAAAAAAAAAAGAAGUUUGCUGAAGACUUAAAGAAACGGGAAAUUAGAAUCGGAAGGAGUGGAUCACUGCCCUUAGCUUUGUCACAUACAGACCUCUUGGAUCUUGUUGGACAGUAUUGGCAUGAGACAAACUCAGCAUGGAACACCCUCCAGUGGAACUUCUCCAGGGCUGCUUCCCUGCUCUGCCUCACGAUUAAGGGAAAAGAUGUGAUAGAAAGGCGUGCCGUCUUUGUCUAUCCUGGAAUAUGUUGGCACCUUAGCUAUUUCCCCCCUCUUUGCACAAGGUGCUUUCCUGAUAUGUGUUAGACAUGCCAUCCUUUGGUGAUGAUGUAUAUGCCAUGAUGGGGCUCAGGCCCACGGGGGAGUGUCUAUAGGAACUGCCUAUUUAUGCUCAUUUACCUCAAGACUGUCCUCUACCCUAAACUAGUUGUCAUCACUCCAUCUUUUGUACUGCUGUUG